CUCCGCUUUGGAUUGCUUCAGUCUGAAGGCGGUUUUCCUUGCUUUAACACGCCCGUUUUGAUUUUGACUAAUUCAGUGUUGUGGACGUAACUUUUCUCCGGACUUGACAGGUUUCCCCAGCCGUACGUAGGGGCGUUUAGAUUAAGGUAUGCACAUGAAGGACAUCAUCGUGCAGAGCCCCGGAAAACCACGGGAGCUGCUGGACAAGGGACAAACGCCAAAUUCGGCCAAAUUUCCAAACAUCCCCUUCGACGAGUACACCCUUAGAAAAAAGGACGACAAAGAUGAAGAGAGUGACAGCGACAACGAGGGAAAAUAUUACAACUACUCGGAAAAAGACAAUGAGCUGUAUUUGCAACUGAGCAAGCUUCGACUAUCAUCAGAUACAAAAGAUGAGAGCGACGAAGAGGAAAAACCGGACGACGACCAAGUCGUCGCCAAAGGCCUUCAGGACAACAAAGAGCUUCGACGAGGAAAACGAGCCGAAAGCCUCCGACCCUACCCGGUGGUGCAAAAUAUGUUGUGCAACUGGCUCGAUAGAGGAGACGUUCAUGUGGAUAAUGUGUUUAAUUACGACCCCAACGAUGCGGUGAGCAAUAUUACGUUACCAGCUGUUGAGCACGGUGCACCGUCUGCAAUAGGUCCUACCUUGUUAGAAGACUAUACCCCUGAGAUGCAGGACUUCGAGACGUCGUUAAUCGAUUUCAAGUUCGAUGUUGAUGAUUUGUUAAGCAUACAAAAAGCGAUCGAGGCUAAUGAACAAUCGUCGUACAUAACUUUAGAAAGCUCGUUGCCCAAUACAUUGACAUCGACAGACCUGGUGAAUGAGUACUGUGACUCAACACGCGAUUCCGGCUACGCCACAUCACCCACCAACUCCAACCAGUCGAUUCACUCGCCCCAAUCUUCGGUCUACUCGAGGCAUUCGCCCGAUCCCAGGGGUAUCCCCAAGUACGACAACAGGCUUCCUUCAUACUUCCCCGAGUAUGAGAACGAACUUAAAACACGGCCGGAAUGCUAUAAUCAACAGGAGGCGCAAAACUAUCCCUGCAAACCCGUAUUGCAACUUCAACCUGCGAAGGACGGGUACGACAUGGGACGUUUUUCCAACGGCUACCAGCAGUUCCCCGAGACGGUGCAUAACGGCCUCCUUCUCCCUCAAGCUCCAGUCUGUAGCAUCAGCGUUGAUCUGACUGACAUGCCGGCACGGGCGCAACGGCCCUACUUCCAGAGACAAAACGUGCCAAAGCCGAUUCAACCGAAUCACCAGCAACAGGCAAUGCCGAUUACUCCCAAAGAUAAUAAGCCUAACAAAUACAGUUACCCGACAAAGUACCUUCAACCGACAACAGAAAAACCCGUUUAUGAAAACGAAUAUGUCAAACCUGCUAGCGAGCGAAUAGGGAAACUCAUGAAACGGAAUAAGGUUGAAACUCUUAACAUUACUAUCUCCUGCGAAUCUACGGAAACGUUCUGCUCCAUCAAAGAAAAUCAGACGAAAAUUAUGCAACUAUUGCUGAUAAAAGAGAUCCCUCAGGAUUUCAUUGAAAGGGUGUACGUCAGGCUGCAGCGCGUCAAACGGAACAAGCACGUAAGCCUGUUAAAGCACAGGGAUGCUGAAAACAGGAACGCUUUGUUCAUAGCAGCGACUGUCCACAAAACACGUCCUAUAAUAUCAAGAUUCAUAGCCGACGUGUAUUCUCAUCUUGAAACGAGCCCCGAUGAGUCAUACGCAAACGACAACUCGCUGUUCCAUAUCCUGGCGGGAGAAAGUGAUGAAUGUGCCAAUGUUCUGGCAGAACUGCUACACGCUACCAUGCCGGACAAGACCAAGUGCUUCAACGUCAACUCGACCAACAAAGUCAUGCUCACGCCCCUGCACAUCGCCACCAUGACCCACAACCCACCCAGCAAAUUCGCUUAUAGCAUAUGUCGAUUGCUCGUCAACCACGGAGCCAAUUUGACAAUUCAAGAUAACGAAGGCGACACGCCGCUGCACAUUGCGAUCAAGAAGCACUGCGACCCGGUGUUCAUAAAGGCACUGCUGAACAGCAACACAGCAAGGCAGUGUGUCAAUAUGACGGACAACAACAACAACACGCCGUUGCACCUCGCUGCCAAACGAAAUGACAUCCCGCUUGAAAAGCAAAAAGAGGUGAUCAAACAUUUGACGAGCAGCCACGCGCAGUACGAUAUACAAAAUCGCGACGGCAAAGUCGCCCUUUCCCUCGUUUCCGUCGAAAGAAAAGAGGAAAUAAGAAAGAUACUCCAGCAUAGAAUCUAAAGGACUUUGGAGGUUUGGGGGCACAAAUGAGGUGUGAUCAAAUUAAGAAAUGUAGUAUUAAUGGUGUUAAGAUAAAGGCUAAAAAUAAAAACAAAAGCAGGCAUUUGUUCUACAAACAUUAAAAUGUUUUCACCAGCAUGUUUCAACCAACCAAGUUCACAAAAUUAAGAAUUGAUAUAUUUAAUAUCAAUAGAUAAAUUUCAAAAUAUUUUCAAAAUCAGCAGAUCAAUUGUAAAAUUGAGUUUCAUAUGGCAUAAAAAGAAAUGUUUUUCUUGAGUAAUUAAUCAAAUAAAUGUUUUUAAAUGAACAUUCCAAAUGGGACUAAUACAGUUUUAAAUAAAUUGGCUAUAUCAAUUAUGCUUAAUUGGAUUUGGAUAGUAUUCAGAUUUGUACUUUUUUUAAUUUUUCGGACCAUGACAAAAUCGAUUAGUAUGUACAUAAUAUUCCCGAUUGCCGUAUUUCUAUUUUUAAUUAUUCUUAUAUUUUAGAGCGAAUUAGUAGUUUAAUCUUUCUCAUUAAAUGACCGAAAGCUAUUUUUGUGGGCACACUCAACUACUACUUAAAUGUUGCAUUAGAAGCACUGUAAAUGUUUUCUGUGAUGUUCCUUUAUUAGGUAUUUUUAAAGAAAUUCUUCAUAAAAGAACCAGUUACAAACACAAGAACGUAUUCCUUAAAUUAAAUAUUAUUUAUACCAUUAGUAUUUUAAGAGAAAAGUUAAAAGCCAUUUCGAUGUUUUUUGUGUGCUAAAAAUUGAACCAAGCAUUUGCUUUAUUAUGAUAUGAGUUUUGUCUUGCGUCAAAACUUUUCAAUACACAUUUUAUUCAGAUUGAAGCAAAUACUAAGAAAAAACUUUUUUAAUUAAUAGAAUAAGUAAAACAAAAAGCCGAACCAAUUUUUAACAUUAUAUUGCAGAAGAUGCUUCAAUUUGGAUAUAUCAUUGUGAAAUUUUAAAGUGUAAUAAUGUAAUAUUUUUAGUCAUAUAAAAUCAUAAUAAAUGUACCUCUUAUUUAGAUGUAUGUCUAUUUGUUAGAUUUCUAUAGACAUCAAUAAAAAAAA